AUGCCUCAACCAUAUGACCAACCCAUCAUCGACGUAGCACACUACGUCUUCCACUACCAAAUACCAGACACAGAGCAAGCAGUAUGGAAAUGUGCACGGGUAGCUCUCCUCGACGCAAUCGGCUGUGCAAUCGAGACAGCAGCCAUAAGUCGCGAGUGCAGAGCUUUACUCGGUCCUGUCGUGGCAGGCACAGUCGUCCCAAAUGGAUUCAGGGUUCCUGGCACAGAGCUGCAGGUAGAUCCUCUGAAGGGGGCGUUUGAUUUGGGUGUUUUGAUCCGGUACUUGGAUCAUAAUGAUGCUUUGGGGGGUGCGGAAUGGGGACAUCCUUCAGAUAACCUCGCGGCGAUCUUGGCUACCAUGGACUGGCUGUCUCGCGCAUCUGUAUUCGGGAAAGAUGACAAUGGACCACCACUGACAAUCAAAACUCUGCUAGUCGCUUUGAUAAAAGCAUACGAGAUCCAGGGUUGUUAUCAGAUGCGCAAUGCUUUCAAUGUCUAUGGGAUUGACCAUGUAGUUCUCGUUAAGCUAGCUGCCACUACGGUUGUCUCGUGGUUGGUAGGACUGACCGAAAACCAGACCAGAGCAGCCAUUUCCCACGUCUGGAUGGACGGCCACCCAACUCGAGUGUAUCGUUCUGGUGCUAAUACCAUUCCGCGAAAAGGAUGGGCCGCGGGCGACGCAGCGAGAAGAGCCGUGCAACUGGCUCUCCUAGUGCGAGCUGGGCAGCCCGGUGCCCCAGGAGCGUUGACUACAUCCCGAUGGGGGUUUUUGGAACGAACUUUCGGCGAGGCCGGAUUCGAGCUGCCGCGAUCUUUCGAGACAUGGACAAUUCAGAAUGUGCUGUUCAAGGUCAUGCCCGUAGAAGGGCAUGGAAUCGCGGCAGUGGAGGCGGCAUUGGUUCAGCAUCGUGCACUCCAGCAAAAAGGAUUGUCCGACCCAACGAACCACAUACAGCGUGUUGUCUUGCGUACCACCGCCGCUGCCGAUCUAAUAAUCAAUAAAACGGGUCCACUUCAGAAUUCUGCAGACCGCGACCACUGUAUUCAGUAUGUGGUCGCUCUGGCUUUCUUGAAAGGCUGUGCACCGGAAGCCCCAGACUAUGCAAACGACAGCCAGUGGGCAUCCAGCAAGGAAUUAGAACAUUUGCGUUCACAAAUGGAAGUCUAUCCAGACGCCAAGCUCACUCAGGACUACCUCGACUGGGACAAAAUGAGCAUUGGAUCGGGGGUGACCAUUCACCUCGAUGACGGGUCUUCCUUGUCCGAGGUUCUGAUUGAAUACCCCAUUGGGCAUGUGCGGAAUCCUAAAACUUCGCCUGCGGUUCAGGCAAAGUUUGCAAAGAAUAUGAGGCAUAUGUUUUCCGAGGCGGAGGUUGCGCGUAUCUCAAAAGCGGCCGAAGAUGACGAUAUGCGGAUCAUGGAUUUCGUAGAUCUGCUUGUCCGACCCGCUCCUUCGAGUCCUCACCCAAGGCUGUGA